CGGUUGUGCCUUGUUUUCAUUCCAACACAGUUUGAAAGCAAUGCAGGUCACCUAUGAUUUUUGUCCUUCGUAGAAGGACACUUUCUCAUAGCCACGAUCUCUCUCUCUCUCUCUCUCUCUCUCUCUUGCGUUGCAUUUCCAUUUCCAGUUUCCACCCAUGGCUGCUCUCACUUCUCUCUCUUUCUCAGCAGUGACUCAUUGCUCAGAAAGAAAAGUAACCCUUUCCUCCACUCGUUUUCUCGCUUCCUCUUCAGAACUCUUUGGGUUCCGAACCGAUUUCUCGUACCACUAUGUUGGUGUUCGAGCUUCCAAUUCUGCGUCUAAAAUGGUUGUUCAAUGCAUGUCUUCUGCCACAGAUGUUCCUCCCACUGUUUCUGAGACAAAGUUAAAUUUCCUCAAGGCAUAUAAGCGACCAAUCCCUAGUAUCUACAAUACUGUGCUGCAGGAGCUAAUAGUGCAGCAACAUUUAAUGAAAUACAAGAGAUCAUACCGCUAUGACCCUGUGUUUGCUCUUGGUUUUGUCACUAUAUAUGAUAAACUUAUGGAAGGGUAUCCUAGUGAUGAAGACCGAGAUGCCAUCUUCCAGGCCUACAUUAAGGCAUUGAAGGAAGAUCCAGAACAAUACAGAAUUGAUGCACGAAAGUUGGAAGAGUGGGCUCGAGUUCAAAGUCCAACUUCUCUUGUUGAGUUUUCAUCCAAAGAAGGAGAAGCUGAGAGGAUUUUAAAGGACAUUGCAGAAAGGGCUGGGGGGAAAGGGGAAUUCAGUUAUAGUCGUUUCUUUGCAGUUGGACUCUUUCGUCUAGUUGAGUUGGCAAAUGCCACGGAACCAACAAUUUUGGACAAGCUUUGUGCGGCUUUGAACAUCAACAAAAGAAGUGUCGAUCGGGACUUGGAUGUGUAUCGUAUCCUGCUUUCAAAGUUGGUUCAAGCAAAAGAGCUGCUGAAGGAGUAUAUUGACAGGGAGAAGAAGAAAAGGGAUGAAAGGGUUGAACCACAAAAGGCUAAUGAGGCCAUCACAACAUGUUUGGGACAACAAUUGCAUGGUCUGUAGUUAUGGUCUUCUGAAACAAUCUCCUACUCAAGACUGACUUCUUAUUCUUACAUGUUUUUCUUGUUGAUCCUUGAGUUGGAUAAGGCAAGUCGGAACUUCUAUCAUCUUGAUUUUGCAGGAUUUGAAUCAUCUAAAUGUGCAGAGUACAUUUCAAAGGAUAAAACGUAAUAACAAUUGUUAUCAAUGAUUGAGAUUUUAAUAAAAAUAUGUGUAAAAUAAAUUGAAAUUUAUUACAAUCUCAAUCGUUGAUUAAUCAGCAAUUACUAUUCUCUACUUUAUUCUAUGUAGUGUACAAUUUAGAGUCAACAAAUCCUUGAUUUUACUUAUUGUACUUGUUGUAAAUCGUAAUCUUUGGUCAUGAUGGUGAUGCACCUAAAUCUUGUUUCACUAAACCCACAAUUAAUUUAUCCGUCCAACUCGACUCGUUGGCACAAAUGUAUUUUGUGGUUCUCAAACGCAAGACUGAUAGCCUAUGUUGUUGUAUCUAUCACUAAAAUUUUCACAUUUCAA